AUGGAUCUUCCAUCACCAAGCUUCUCUAUCUUCCUCCCGUCUGUUUACGAUGGCAACAAGCUCGAAUGCCGCAUUUACCUCCCGACCGUGCUCAACAAUAUAGAAUCAACAACAAGUUGGCCCAACCGCGGUGCCAUUAUCGCGCAUCCAUACGCAACUCUGGGAGGAUGCUACGAUGAUCCAAUCGUCAGUUUCAUCGGCGGCGAGCUUCUACUAGCCGGCUGCAUCGUGGGAACCUUCAACUUUCGUGGAGCUGGUCACUCUGAAGGACGAACAAGCUGGACUGCAAAACCCGAGCUUGGUGACUAUGUAUCGUUCUACGGAUUCAUGUUGCAAUAUCUACACUCCCUGAAGCUUGCAUUGGCCCCGAAGGACCAAGUAGAGCCCCACAGAGACCCCGGCGAAGAGAAAAGUAGCUCAGAUAUCAGUUUGGUCCUUGGUGGCUACUCGUAUGGGUCUUUGAUUGCCUCACAUGUACCGACCCUCGAUACUAUGCUCGACCUUUUCCAAUCUGCGCCCACAACAUCUACAAACAAAACAACACCCAUAUACGAGAUUAUGAGUACAGCAAAACGGAUAACCGCACUGUCCCUGCAGCAACUCCAAGCGAGUCACAGUCUGACCGACGCCCCAGACCUCCGUGUAUUGACGACAUCUAUCUCCUAUCUCCUUGUGUCUCCGCUAUUGCCCCCGAUUAGUCAAUUUCUAACUGUAUUCUCGACCUUAUCGCUGAAGGUGAAAACAGAAACCCCCGGAGGUCCCCACAUCCCAUGCCCGCGUCCAGCAGACCAGCAGAGCACGCACCACACCCUGGCGCUUUUUGGGGAUCAGGAUACCUUCACAUCUGCUGGAAAACUGCAGAAGUGGUCAGACGAGAUGGUGCACAUGCCACACAGUCAGUUCCAGUUUAGGAUGAUUGAUGGCGCGGGUCACUUCUGGCGUGAGAACGGGGUCGAAGUGCGGGCAAGACAUGCGCUGAAGGAAUGGCUCUGUCAGAUAUGA